AUGGCGGCGGGAGCCGGGGUCCCCGCACCCCUCCCCGCACCCCUCCCCGACUUCCCUCCCCCUUCCCCAAACCCCCCCCGCGUCUCCGAGGCUUCCCCGAGCGGGGGCGUCCCUCCGCUGGUGGAUUUGGCGCUGGGGGCCGCGGCGGGCUGCCUGGCUUGUGUCCUCACCAACCCGCUGGAGGUGGUGAAGACGCGGCUGCAGCUGCAGGGGGAGCUGCAGCCCCCCGGCGCCCACCCGCGGCCGUACCGCGGCGUGCUGCGCGCCCUGGCCGCCGUGCGCCGCGCCGACGGGCUGCGGGGGCUGCAGAAGGGGCUGGCCGCCGGGCUCCUCUACCAGGGGCUGAUGAACGGGGUCCGCUUCUCUUGCUACUCCUGCGCUGAGGACGCCGGCUGGACCGGGUAUCCCGGCGGGACCGUGGCUGCCGGAGCCGUGGCUGGGGCCGUGGGAGCUUUCGUGGGCAGUCCCGCGUACCUGGUUAAGACUCACCUCCAAGCCCAGACUCUGGGGGCCGUGGCUGUGGGCCACCAGCACAACCACAAGAGCAUCUGUGGGGCUUUCAGGAGCAUCUACCAGCAGCACGGCGUGGCGGGGCUGUGGCGGGGGGUGACGGGCGCCGUGCCCCGCGUGGCAGUGGGCUCAGCCGCCCAGCUCGCCACCUUCUCCUCUGCCAAGGACUGGGUCUGCCAGCACCAGUGGUUUGGGGAGGGCAGCUGGGCUGCGGUGCUGGCGGGGGGCAUGGUGAGCGGCGUGGCCGUGGCACUGACCAUGACGCCCUUGGAUGUGGUCAGCACCCGUCUCUACAACCAGCCUGUGGAAGCUGAUGGCACGGGCAAGCUCUACCGGGGUUUAGUGGAUUGCAUCCUGCAGAUCUCCAGCAGAGAGGGGCUGCUGGCUUUGUACAAGGGCAUCGGUGCCGUCUACCUCCGCCUCGGGCCUCACACCGUCCUCAGCCUCUUCUUUUGGGAUGAGCUCAGGAAGCUGGUGCGGCCCCAGCAGCCCCCUGGCUCCGGGGACGGGCUCCUGGCCCUGCACCGCUCUUAA